AUGAUAUCUCACUUAGAGUAUAAUGCCUACAAAGAGCACUUUCUAGGACUAUACUUAGAGCAACGGUUGUUUCCGUUCGCGAGCAAGGGCAUGUACCAGAUAUCAUUGGUACUGCUAGCAUGUGGAGCUCUGCUUCUGUUGACUUCUUUGGUCGAAGUCGAUGCCCAGUGGCCAGGUGCUGGGGGAAUGGGUAACGCAGGUGGUGGAGCAGGAGGCCAAAUGGGAGGCGGAUUCGGAUUCGGAGGGAAUGCAGGAGCAGGAGCUGGUGGACAAGGAGGUGGAAAAGGCGGAGCCGGAGCAGGGGGUGGAGCCAACGCCGGAAUGAACUUUGGAAUGAAUGCCGGAGCUGGUGGAGGAGCAGGUGCAGGUGGUGGAGGAGGAGGAGGUGGCAACGGAGGAGCAGGAGCCGGAGCAGGUGGUAACGCUGGAAUGGGAUUCGGAUUCGGAGGGAAUGCUGGAGCCGGUGCUGGUGGAGGAGGAGGAGCGGGAGGUGAAGGAGGAGCAGGGGCAGGAGCAGAUGCUGGUAUGAAUUUUGGGUUUGGAGCUAGUGGGAAUGCUGGAGCUGGUGCUGGAGGAAAUGCAGGAGGUGAAGCGGAGGCAGAAGCAGCAGAAGAAGCGGAGCAAGAGACAGAAGCAGAAAGAAAAUAAGAAACUGCAUAUUUUUGCAGAGAUAGGCAAUGUUUUUUACAAAAGCUUUUAGCUGUAUUCUAUAUAUGCACAAUCAUGGGUGAUAAUUUAUUGGAUAGGAGUGUUUAUAGCACAUUUGUCAAGCUAUGAGAAAAAGGAGACUUGAAGCACAAGAAUAGUUUUCUUUUAUGUAUAUA